AUGUUGGAAAUGGAGAAGGAGUUUGAUUCCAAGCUGAAGGUUCAGGGGAAUUCAUCAUCUUCCAAUGGUGGAGGCAGUGUCCAGAGAUCCAAGAGCUUUGCUUUUAGGGCUCCUCAAGAGAAUUACUCUAUUCAGGACUUUGAAUUGGGCAAGAUCUAUGGUGUUGGCUCUUAUUCUAAGGUUGUGAGGGCAAAGAAGAAGGACACAGGAACUGUGUAUGCAUUGAAGAUCAUGGAUAAAAAAUUUAUUACCAAAGAGAACAAAACAGCUUAUGUGAAAUUGGAACGCAUUGUGCUAGAUCAAUUGGAUCAUCCAGGCAUUGUGCGCGUGAAGCUCAAGCUUUCUGAUUUCUCGGUGCAGAAAGGUCGUCUAACUGAGGCUGAGGCACGGUUCUAUGCAGCUGAAGUUGUCGAUGCUCUUGAAUACAUACAUAGUUUGGGAGUGAUACACCGUGAUAUUAAGCCAGAGAACUUAUUACUUACUGCUGAAGGACACAUUAAAAUAGCUGAUUUUGGGAGCGUGAAGCCUAUGCAGGAUAGUCAAAUCACUGUCCUUCCAAAUGCAACGUCAGAUGACAAAGCCUGCACUUUUGUGGGGACUGCUGCUUAUGUUCCUCCAGAGGUUCUUAAUUCCUCUCCGGCAACUUUUGGAAAUGACCUAUGGGCACUUGGCUGCACAUUAUACCAAAUGCUUUCAGGAACUUCUCCUUUUAAAGACGCAAGUGAAUGGCUUAUUUUUCAACGAAUUAUAGCAAGAGAACUUAGAUUUCCAGAUUACUUUUCUGACGAAGCAAGAGACCUUAUUGACCGUCUGUUGGAUUUGGACCCCGCCAGGAGACCAGGUGCUGGACCUGAUGGUUAUACUAUUUUAAAAUUACACCCAUUUUUCAAGGGGGUUGAUUGGGAUAACUUGAGGGCACAAAUUCCUCCAAAACUUGCUCUGGAACCUGGGACUCAGUCACCUGCAGCUGAUGAUAUUCAUGAUUCAUCGUGGAGUCCUUCUCACAUUGGGGAAGGUUCUGUGUCUAUGACUAGACAGCCUGAUGGUGCUACAUCUUCUGAUGGGACUAGUCACAUAGCUAGGCUAGCUUCAAUUGAUUCCUUUGAUUCAAAAUGGCAACAAUUUUUAGAUCCUGGGGAAUCUGUUCUUAUGAUCUCUAUGGUUAAGAAACUACAAAAACUAACAAGCAAGAAGGUGCAGCUCAUCCUCACCAACAAACCUAAGUUGAUCUAUGUGGACCCAUCAAAGCUAAUUGUGAAGGGAAAUAUAAUAUGGUCUGAUAAUCCAAAUGAUUUAAGCAUCCAAGUGACUACUCCAUCACAUUUCAAGAUUUGCACUCCUAAAAAGGUAAUGUCAUUUGAAGAUGCAAAACAAAGAGCAUGGCAGUGGAAAAAGGCAAUUGAAGGACUUCAAAACCGGUGA